AUGGCCAUACUCCUGAUCGAUGCCGCAGUAUCUAUUACCAGCAAAUUCGCAGAAAUCAUAGGACCUGUUAUCAGCGAUGUCGCAGAUGUCGCAGAUGUCGCAGUAUUUAUUAUCAAGACAGUCGGUGGCAUUGCAAAAAGUCUGAUCUUCUUCGCCAAGUACUAUGGGCCACCCGGAUUAAUUCUUUACCUCUUUGGAAGUCGCGGCAUGUGGCAACUUCAAGCACAAAUUCUUUGCAGCCCGGAAGAGCGACAUGUUAUGGAUUUCAAGACAUCUGUACAAGCAGAUAGCAACAUUAUAGCUGUAGCAGCCACAAUCCUAGCCCAGAUUGCGAUAACAGCAUUGUCUUUGGAGGAUCUCAGCCGGACGCAUUGGGUUGCCAGGGGUGCCUUUACAUUCAGCCUACUGUCAGCUAUCAUGGCAGUGUACUACGCGACAAACCAGUACCGGAAAUUGGGGCGCUGUCUACAACCUGAACAAGUACGAGCAUGGAUCAGAGGCAGAAAGCACAGCGAUCCUCCGCGAUCGGAAACAUCUCAGAGAAACAUUGAUCGGGAUGUUCUGCCAUCGCCGGCAUCAGUCCUGACUGUCUCAGCCCCCAAUAUGCUGCUUUCCGCUUCUCUAAACUCGUUCCUCAUUGGUCUUGGUGUCUACUUGGGACAAGUCUGGAUGCGCAACCUCGAUGAAGUUGCUGGCGCUCACGACAGCCGCGCUAUAUUCAUUACUUAUAUCAUCGGACUGUGCGUGUGCUACAGCAUCUUCGGCCUUUCCAAUCUUGUCGUUGCAGAUCAGAACUAUCUGAGUGAGAGAGAAAUGCUCCAAGACUUACGCAACACCUAUCCGACUACAGGUUAUACCCAUGAACGACGACAUGCAGAAACAUCGCAGAAUAGCCAUGUCAGUCAAGGUCCUGUUCCCGGGAACCUUACCUUGAUUGUCGAUGCAGAUGUAGAAGCAACUGGAGACCCCCACAAAUCUACCUUUGACACUUCAGAACCAUUAUAUGGGCAGAAAAGUGGAGGUCUCGACGAAGUGGAUAGGCAAGAGCUCGGCCAUGCCUUGAGAGACCUCGUGGCUGUACGCAGACAGGCGACGAAAUUUGAUGAGCGUAUGGUGCGUAUUGUAGCAAAAAUGGUUCAAACUCUAGAAGAGACAUAG